UUAUUUGUAUCAGUUAUCAGUUUGAUUGGGAACACAAAAUGGCGCAAACUCGUAGAGGUUACAUUUUCAGUGCGUUCUUGUUAAGUGUGCUAUGUUUGUUGUUGACUGUUUUGUCUAUCGCUAGCAAUAGUUGGAUAGUGUCUAGUGCGGUGGUAGACGGGCAGGUCCAAGACAGCAGCAUUCGCUAUGGUCUCUUCAGAGGGUUGUUCGAUGACAGAGCAUUCGCUACUCCAGUCACCAGUACUUUGUACAUGACAUGUCUUCCCGGCAAAGAUGCAUGCGCCAUGAGCUGUAAGACCAACAGAGAAGCAAGAAAACAAGAAGUGGCAGCUCUGGCUGACGGCUUUACACCCAAUCCCACAUGUACAUCAGUAACGACCGUCGACACUACCAACCCAUUACAAAAACCGCCAGUGAUCUCCUUCAUAUUCUAUCUGUUCGUCGUGCUUACGCUAUGCCUUCAACUUGUGUUUGCCGCCGUAUCGGCGUUGCUCACCAUCAUCAACGCUACGAAGAACCCCACGGAACCCAUAUUUGGGUUGCCUGGCUGUCGGCUAGCCAAUAUAGUAUGUUCUAUACUGGGCGUGAUAGUGCUACUCAUGUUUGGUAUCUACUGGGCCACGUCGGGACUGCAAGAUCACCUAGCGUUCUCCUUCAUAGCCCUGGACUUCUACCAGCCUAACCCUGGACUCGGGUAUUCUUAUUGGUUGCUAAUAGCUGCUGUGGUAUCGUCAACUGGCAGUGUGGGGCUAAUCCAGCUCAGGUCGUACCUCCUAGAACGGGACCCGCCGCCACCCACUCUGAAGAUGGACAACCAUUCCGACGGAACUAUCUUCUUAUACUAAGUGUAAUGUACCUAUGCUAUAUCAUAAAUUAAAAGUAAUUAAACACUUUUUUAAACGAG